GAGUGCAGAACAGAUAAGUGCAUUGUGCCGAAACUUCCAAGAAGUCCAAGCAAGCAGUAUGGAAGGACAGAAGGACAACCAGGAUCCACCUCCACGGCCACUGGCUCGCCACCUUUCUGAUGCAGAUAGAUUGAGGAAAGUAAUUCAAGAACUUAUGGACACUGAGAAAUCUUAUGUCAAGGACUUGAGCUGCCUCUUCGAGCUAUACUUGGAGCCUCUUCAAAAUGAAACUUUCCUUACUCAGGAUGAGAUGGAGUCCUUGUUCGGCAGUCUGCCAGAAAUGCUGGAUUUCCAGAAGGUGUUUUUGGAGACCCUUGAAGAUGGAAUAUCUUCUUCCUCAGAUUUUAAUACACUGGAAACACCAUCCCAGUUCCGGAAAUUACUGUUUUCCCUUGGAGGCUCCUUUCUGUAUUACGCUGACCACUUUAAACUGUACAGUGGCUUCUGUGCAAACCACAUCAAAGUUCAGAAAGUUCUUGAGAGAGCCAAAACAGAUAGUGCUUUUAAGGCCUUUCUGGAUGCUCGAAAUCCCACAAAGCAACACUCUUCUACACUGGAGUCAUAUCUCAUAAAGCCUGUUCAGAGAGUGCUGAAAUAUCCUCUGCUUUUAAAAGAGCUGGUGUCUCUGACAGACAACGAGAGUGAGGAGCACUAUCAUUUGACAGAAGCGCUGAAGGCAAUGGAAAAAGUAGCAAGUCACAUCAACGAGAUGCAGAAGAUAUAUGAAGAUUAUGGCACUGUAUUUGACCAACUGGUUGCAGAUCAAAGUGGAACAGAGAAGGAGGUGACAGAGCUUUCAAUGGGAGAACUUCUGAUGCACUCUACGGUUUCCUGGCUGAAUCCUUUCCCAUCGCUGGGCAAAGCAAGAAAAGACCUUGAACUUACAGUGUUUGUUUUUAAGAGGGCUGUAAUAUUGGUGUAUAAGGAGAACUACAAACUGAAAAAGAAAAUGCCUACUAAUGUUCGUGCUGCACAUAAUUAUGGUGACUUGGAUCCAUUUAAAUUUCGUUGGCUGAUUCCUUUAUCUGCUCUUCAAGUUCGACUGGGGAACACAGCAGGAACAGAGAACAGCUGUAUCUGGGAGCUGAUUCACACCAAGUCAGAAGUAGAAGGCAGGCCAGAAACAAUUUUUCAAUUGUGCAGCAGUGACUGUGAGAACAAGACUAACAUCGUGAAGGUGAUCCGUUCUAUUUUGCGGGAGAAUUUCAGACGUCACAUAAAAUGUGAGCUACCGCUGGAGAAAACGUGUAAAGAUCGCCUUGUCCCACUCAAGAACCGUGUCCCUGCAACAGCCAAACUGGCUUCCACGAGGUCCUUGAAGGUACUGAAGAAUUCAUCCAGUGGCGAGUGGAACGGUGACCCAGGGAAAGGCACCUUCCAGGACUCUGAUGAGUGCAGCCUGAGUAGCAGCACUCAGAGCAGCAGCUGCCACACUGCUGAGAGCCUACAGGAGCCCAAAAAUUCAUCUCCUGAUAAACAUGUACAGAGCUGUGCAUCCAACUUCUCUAAUGUUCUUGUCAAAGAAUCUGAUAUUCUCAGUGAUGACGAUGAUGACGAUGACUAUCAGAGCCUAAAGAAGGGCAGCCCUACGAAAGACAUCGAGAUACAGUUCCAACGGCUGAAGAUUUCAGAGGAACCAAGUACUGACUCUGAACGGGAUCAGGCUGCUGAAACUGAAGAAGGAGAUGACUUUGACACAGGAGAGCAUCCGAAGCUGGUGCGUGGCCAUUUCUGCCCAGUGAAGCGAAAAGUAAACAGCACAAAGCGUAACAGAGGAACUUUAAUGGCAAUGCAAGAACGGCACCAGUCCCUUGACAGUCACUCUGAUGCUGCAAAUCUGGAUCUGAACUCUAUUUUAGAGAGAGAAUUUAGCGUCCAGAGUUUAACAUCUGUAGUUAACGAGGACUGUUUUUAUGAAGCUGUGGAGAGGCAUGGGAAAUCCUAGCUUUCUAAGCACUAUAUUUAAAAUAUUAAUUUGAAGUCCACAUAAAACUCAACAACCUUAUUUUGCUUUAAAACUAGUAAAUUCAUGGAAGCUGCAGGAAAACUACUAUCUGAUUUUGUGCACUAAUACAUUUUUUUCCCACAAAAACAGCUGUAAAAGAUUCUUAAGUUAUUUUAAUUUAUUGUGGAUCAGAUUAAGUUGGCCAAGGUCUGUAAAUUAGUUCAAGCAGUUAUUAAGGUGAUGUAGUGUUCUUCAGGAGGGGAAGGGAAGGGAAGGGAAGGAUGGCCUCAUUAGUAUUUUAAGUAAUGUGGAUAAGGUGCUAGUGAGUGGCAGAGGGGAUUACAAUGGAAAGUAGCAUUGCAAAAUGAAUUUUUCAAUACCUUGGGCAUUUUAUUUCUUUGGUUUUCAUUUUUGCUUUAUUUAAAGCAGAAUUAAGUUAUUUUAAUGUGUUUUAGUGCACAAUAGUGCAGAAAUUUCAUUUUUGUAAGUUUCAAGAUGCUGUUUAUACUUUAUACAUAUGUGUAAAUACAAAAACAAAGCUUGGCCUGUAAUCUUUUAUUUGACUGUAUUUUUUAUUUUCUCUACCAGCCUGUACAGUAAAAGACAAAUAAGUAUUGUACUUAGCCCUGUUUUCUACUUUUUAUCAUGCUGCUUUUCUCCAGUUGGAGUUUUAAAUCCCAAAUUCUUUGUUUUUGCAUAAAUGAGAAGAGUAUUAGCAGAC